AUGGAGAGUGGAGGUGGUGGUGAUAUAUACAGAGUGAGCAGCGCACGUUUGAGCAGUUCAAAUAUAUGGAGGAACAGUGCCAUGGAUGUUUUCUCCAAGUCUUCCCACGAUGAAGACGAUGAAGAAGCUCUGAAAUGGGCAGCCAUUGAGAAGCUGCCUACUUAUUUGCGUAUCAGAAGAGGCAUACUUAACGAGGCAGAAGGCCAAGCCAGAGAGAUUGAUAUCAAGAAUCUUGGGUCGCUAGAGAGAAAGAGUGUUUUGGAGAGGCUGGUUAAAACUGCAGAUGAAGAUAAUGAGAAGUUCUUGUUGAAGCUUAAGGACCGGAUUAAUCGGGUUGGACUGGAUAUUCCAACAAUUGAAGUCCGGUUUGAGCAUUUGAGUGUUGAAGCAGAAGCUUAUGUGGGAGGCAGGGCCUUGCCUACAAUAUUCAACUUUUGUGUUAACAUUUUGGAGGGGUUCCUGAAUUUUGUUCACGUUCUUCCAAGUAGAAAGCAACCAUUACCAAUCCUUGAUGAUGUUAGUGGAAUUAUCAAACCAAGAAGAAUGACACUGCUUUUAGGACCCCCAAGCUCUGGAAAAACCACAUUGCUAUUGGCUUUGGCUGGAAAACUUGCUAAAGAACUAAAAUUUUCUGGGAGAGUUGCAUAUAACGGACAUGGGAUGGAAGAGUUUGUCCCGGAGAGGACAUCGGCUUAUAUCAGUCAGCAUGAUCUCCACAUAGGAGAGAUGACAGUGAGAGAAACACUGGCUUUUUCAGCAAGAUGCCAAGGGGUCGGACCGCGCUAUGAAAUGUUGGCAGAAUUAUCAAGGAGAGAAAAGGCUGCAAAUAUCAUGCCAGAUGCGGAUCUAGAUAUCUACAUGAAGGCAGCAUCACUAGAAGGACAAGAGACCAACGUAGUUACAGAUUAUAUACUCAAGAUUUUGGGACUUGAGGUUUGCGCCGACAUCAUGGUGGGGGAUGAAAUGGUACGAGGUAUUUCUGGUGGGCAAAAGAAGCGAGUCACGACAGAUGCUUGUCGGACCAGCAAGAGCACUUUUAUGGAUGAGAUAUCAACUGGUUUGGACAGUUCAACAACAUUUCAGAUAGUGAAUUCACUCAGACAAUCCAUCCACAUCCUGAGUGGAACUGCUCUUAUCUCUCUUCUCCAACCAGCACCAGAAACUUAUGAUUUAUUUGAUGACAUAAUUCUGCUGUCUGAUGGACAAAUCGUAUACCAAGGUCCCCGCGAGAAUGUGCUCGAGUUCUUCGAGCACAUGGGCUUCAAAUGUCCAGAGAGGAAAGGAGUAGCUGACUUCCUACAAGAAGUGACAUCAAAGAAAGAUCAGGAGCAGUACUGGGCACAGAAAGAAGAGCCAUAUAAUUUUAUAUCUUCCAAGGAAUUUGCUGAAGCAUUUCAGUCAUUUCAUAUCGGUCGAAAACUCGGUGAUGAGCUUGCUACUCCAUUUGACAAGUCCAAAGGUCACCCUGCAGCUUUAACAACUAUGAAGUAUGGUGUUAGCAAGAAGGAACUGCUCAAAGCUUGCAUUUCUAGAGAAUAUUUGCUUAUGAAGAGGAAUUCGUUUGUCUACAUUUUCAAAAUGACCCAGCUCACUCUAAUGGCUUUUAUAUCAAUGACGCUAUUUCUCCGGAUAAGAUGCACCGGGAUACAGUUACGGAUGGGGCAAAGGGACCUUCUCUUCUAUCCUUCAUGGGCAUACUCUUUACCAUCAUGGAUCCUUAAGAUCCCUAUCACCUUCAUAGAAUGUGCUGUUUGGGUGGUCAUGACAUACUAUGUAAUUGGUUUCGAUCCCAACAUCGAAAGGUUUUUCAAGCAAUACCUUUUACUCCUAUGCCUUAACCAGAUGGCAUCAGGACUAUUCAGAUUUAUGGGGGCAUUAGGGAGGAAUAUAAUUGUUGCAAACACAUUCGGGUCUUUUGCAUUACUUGCAGUUCUAGUUAUGGGUGGCUUUAUCUUGUCACGAGAGGAUGUGCAGAAGUGGUGGUUAUGGGGUUACUGGGUCUCACCAAUGAUGUACGGCCAGAACGCUAUAGCUGUCAAUGAAUUUCUUGGAAAGAGUUGGAGCCAUGUUCCUCCUAAUUCAACGGAAUCAUUAGGAAUUAUGGUCUUGAAGUCUCGCGGGGUUUUCAUUGAACCAUACUGGUACUGGAUUGGAGUAGGAGCUACAAUUGGAUACAUUUUUCUGUUCAAUUUCUUCUACACUUUGGCCUUACAAUAUCUUGAUCCAUUUGGGAAGCCUCAGGCAAUACUAUCCAAAGAGGCCUUAGCUGAGAAAACUAGUGAUAGAACUGGAGAUUCCAUUGAGCUAUCAUCACGGGGAAAGAACUCUUCUGACUCAAGGAACGAAAGUCGAAGAAGUGUAUCAUCCAGAACAUUGUCGGCGAGAGUGGGCAGCAUUACUGAAGCCAACGAAAACAGGAAGCGCGGAAUGGUUCUUCCUUUUGAACCUCUUUGGAUUACUUUUGAUGAAAUCACAUAUGCUGUUGACAUGCCUGAGGAAAUGAAAACUCAAGGUGUAACUGAGGAUCGGCUACAGCUUCUGAAGGGUGUGACUGGUGCUUUUAGGCCAGGAGUCUUAACAGCUCUAAUGGGCAUUAGUGGUGCUGGAAAGACUACUCUAAUGGAUGUCUUGGCAGGAAGGAAAACAGCAACUGAUAUACACUCUCCUCAUGUUACGGUUUACGAGUCUUUGGUUUAUUCUGCAUGGCUCCGGUUGCCUCCUGAGGUUGAUUCCUCAACAAGAAAGAUGUUUGUUGAGGAGGUCAUGGAGCUUGUAGAACUGACCUCAAUAAGGGAAGCGCUUGUUGGAUUGCCUGGAGUGAAUGGUCUCUCAACUGAGCAGCGCAAAAGGCUAACGAUUGCAGGCAGCGGCAAUUGUAUGAGAACAGUGAGGAAUACAGUGGACACUGGGAGAACUGUAGUAUGCACCAUUCACCAGCCAAGCAUCGACAUCUUUGAUGCUUUCGAUGAGCUGUUUCUUUUGAAAAGGGGAGGUGAAGAAAUAUAUGUGGGUCCUUUGGGCCGCCAUUCUACCCAUUUGAUCAAGUACUUUGAGGAAAUUGAUGGAGUUCCUAAAAUUAAAGAUGGUUACAAUCCCGCGACUUGGAUGUUAGAGAUUACUGCAGCAGCACAAGAAGCAGCUCUUGGUGUCAACUUCGCCAAAAUAUACAAGAACUCAGAACUCUAUGGGAGAAACAAAGCUCUGAUCAAGGACCUUAGUACUCCUCCAGCAGGUUCAAAAGACUUGUACUUCCCUACUCAAUACUCUCAGUCUUUCUUCAGCCAGUGUAUGGCCUGUCUAUGGAAACAACAUCUAUCAUACUGGCGAAACCCGCCAUACGGUGCAGUGAGACUCUUGUUCACAACUUUCAUAGCUUUAAUGUUUGGGACGAUAUUCUGGGAUCUCGGCUCCAAAAGGAGAAGCCAACAAGACCUUUUCAAUGCAAUGGGUUCCAUGUAUGCUGCUGUUCUCUUCAUUGGUGUACAAAAUGCUUCAUCAGUGCAGCCAGUUGUGGCUAUUGAGAGAACAGUCUUUUACAGAGAAAGGGCAGCUGGAAUGUACUCAGCCUUGCCAUAUGCCUUUGGACAGGUUGUGAUUGAGCUCCCUUACAUUUUUGUUCAAACCAUCAUAUACGGAGUUAUAGUGUACGCCAUGAUCGGAUUUGAUUGGACAGUGAGCAAAUUUUUAUGGUAUCUCUUCUUCAUGUACUUCACUUUCCUAUACUUCACAUUCUAUGGCAUGAUGACCGUAGCCGUCACUCCCAACCACAACAUUGCUGCCAUAGUCUCCUCUGCCUUCUAUGCUAUAUGGAACCUUUUCUCAGGAUUCAUCAUUCCAAGAACGAGGAUGCCGAUUUGGUGGAGAUGGUACUACUGGAUUUGCCCGGUUUCAUACACACUGUAUGGAUUAGUUGCUUCACAGUUUGGAGACAUUAAAGAAAUAUUUGAUUCAGGUGAAAGUGCUGGUAAAAGUGUGGAACACUUUGUAAAGGACUACUUUGGCUACAGACAGGAUUUUCUGGGAGUAGUUGCAGCCGUCCAUGUCGGGAUUUGCGUGCUCUUCGGCUUCACCUUUGCCUUCUCAAUCAAGGUGUUCAACUUCCAAAAGAGAUAA